AUUAGAAUAAAUGCUAAUCUACGGUGACGCUAACGCCUCCUCUAUCCAAAGCUCCAAACUAGUAACCUCUUCUUCUGGAAUAGUAAUAAAUUCUUAAUACUAUACGUACCAACUCUUCGUGCUCUUCUACAGUUCUUACGUGAAUAUAGCAGUCUGAUCAGUCCUAAGUUUAUACGGUCAGUCGGUCAGAUUAAUCAGCUAAAAUGAAAGAAUUAUUGUAUUUGCUAAAUUAGGACCAUGUUGCUGAAGAUUCUUGACGAGGGAGUGCAGGCAGAGGGAAGAGCGGGGCAGAAAUGCAGUUUUUUUCUAAAGCUACCAGUUUUGAUUUUGGUGCUUGAUGGAAAGUUAAACUAGCAAUUUUUGACAAGCUGUUCCUGACCCCAAUCUUCAUAUCCAACGGCUGGAGUUUCGUUGCAAGCUUCUUAAGUAGGUGAAAAUGUUUUUGUGUGUGUGUGAGCUUGGUGGUAGGAGAAAAAGCUCAGUGAGUGGAGAGGUCUACCCUAGAGUGGUGUGUGUGACCCAUUGACGGAGGUUGGAGACCUGAGCCGGAAAAGACGGAAUACGAUCCCAACAGUAGUGGACAUAGAGGUUGGAGCUACUAUUGGUGAUAGUUCUGCUUCUACAGAAAGGAGAUCAUCUUCUUGUGAAGAAGACUAUACAUUUCAAGUGCCAUAUGUGGGAAUGGUGUUUGAUUCUGAAUAUGCUGCCAGGGAGUUUUAUGACAAGUAUGCUAGGCGUUCUGGAUUUGUAAUGCGUAUUGAUCAGUCUGGGCGCUCAUCAGUGGACAUGAGAAUUCUUUCUAGGAGGCUUUUUUGUAAUAAGCAGGGUUAUUGUCGGAAUAAGAAAGAUCAGGUUUGUUCAGAAAGGAGGUUACGGAGCAGCACACGAGUUGGUUGCAAGGCAAUGAUGAGGGUAAAUGUUAAUAAGGCUGGAAAAUGGGUUGUUACCAGAUCAGUGAUUGAGCAUACUCAUCCUUUGGGUGUCCCUAGUCUUCCUUCUGUAAAUGGAAUGGACAAAAAAGAUGAAAGGAUAGAGGAACUGACUAUGGAGUUGGACCAUCAGGAUAAGCUCUGCGAGCUGUACAGAGAGCAGCUAACUACAUUGUUGAAGUAUAUUGGGGAGCAGAUUGAGCAUUUAACUGGAAAAGUUGAGGCAGCUGUUGACAAUGUAAAGAGAGUUGAAAGUGAAGAACUUGAGCUACCUAAUCAAUAGUCUAAAGUCUUACUCCAUACGUCCCAUCAGAAGGUUCUGUCCACUAUUCUCAUGGUCAACUUAAAUCAUUUUUAAUCAUUUACUUUAUAAAUCAAAUUUUUACCAAAUUUACAUUUUUCUUAUCAGGCUUUGCAGCGGUUUUAAUGUAGUUUCUGUAUAUGUUAAUUUUAUUUACUAAAAAUAAUCAAAAUGUGAACAGGGAUUAAGUUGCUUUAUCGUCAGUCAAGCAUCGUAAACCAUUCACGGGAACCUUCUAGCGGGACGGAGGGAGUAUGUAUUUAAUAAGAAAUACGUAGUAAGAAUUAACAAACAAUUGGUAGGCGUUUUCAAUUUCUUGAAGGUUAUUUACUCAAAUUCACUGUCGGACACAUGGUUUUUUCAUAUGGGCGAAAUAUUUACUACCUCGGUUCUUAUUAUAACUUCCAAAUAUGUUUGACACAC